AAGUGAGAUACUUUGGGUUCAAUGCGCGUCAUCAAAAGCUUAUACAUUAUCUCCGUUACUUCAAAUUACUACAGAGAUAACGAAACUUAUUACCUUUUUUCGUAUUACACACUUUGCGAUCCAUUUCGAUAGAGAGCCAUCUUAAGCGAGCCUGUUACGAUGUCCCAUCAUCUUACGUUAAAGCAAUCAGGUCCAGGCCAACCUAUUGGCUUGUAACCAUCCUGCAUUUUUCAGCUAUGCAGAUAACUAUCUAUUCAGAGCAGCGCUCGGGCGGCCAGUUCCAGACCAGGAAUUGAGUAAAGUAAGGGAGUAGACUUAAGUAAAGGAAAGUCAAGCCGCCGGCUACGAGAGUUCUUUCUAGCUAUACAUUCAACAUAUUUCGAUACCAGGUACCUGACCUAACCUAAUUUACGGUCCAGUCUUCAAUAUGAUUGUUUUUCCAUCGUAUUUCUGAUGGCGUCUUGAUAUAUCAACAGCAGCAAAGUGUUAGAUUCGUCAUUAACUACAUAUCUUACAACCCAUGAUUAUAGUAAUAAUAGAGCACAUAAGUCGCAACUCACGAUCAAAGUGUUAGCCAAAGUGUUAGCCAAGACCACCGCCCUUCGUUUAUCCCUUAACUUCGCCUCCUCCCUCAAAAUCAGCUAUGCGUUACUCGUUCGCCCUGUUAUUUGCAGUCUUUUCCUUCGCUGCCGCCCAGACUCGGUCAUCAAAGCGUGGAUUGGUAUUUGUUCCGAAUCCUAGCAACCCGGAGGAUGACACGAUAUGGGUUCAGUCAGGAUCCGACCUGACUUGGUACUACAAUUACCAGUCGACGCCGUCUCCCGCCUUUGACGGCGUAUCGCAAGACCGGUUUGAAUUUGUGCCUAUGCUUUGGGGCGCCAUUGACGACACCUCGUUCCUCGAGUCUGUUCGGACCCAGAUCGAUUCCGGCCGGGAAAUCAAGCACGUACUGGGUUUCAAUGAACCCGAUAGCCAGUACUCGGGAGGUAGCAAUGUCGAACCUUCGAAGGCCGCGGACGUGUGGAUCAAGAACAUAGCGCCUCUCGCCGAAAAGGGGGUAAAACUAGGUCUACCGGCCUGCACCGGGAGUUGGGGAGGAUUAUCGUGGCUCGAGCAGUUUCUAGGGAACUGCUCCGAGCUGAUUAGUACUGAAGACGACAAAAAGAAUUGCACGUACGAUUUCGUGGCUUUACAUUGGUAUGGGAAUUUCGAAGGGUUGGCAAGUCAUAUGGGCUCGUACGCAGCUGCGUUUCCCAACGUAACUCAGUGGAUUACCGAGUACAACUUCGACAACCAAGAUCUCUCUGCGACCCAAGCAUUCUACAACACGUCUUCAGAGUAUUUUGAUCGCAUGGAUUCUGUCAGUCGCUACAGCUUAUUCGGUUCAUUCCGGUCAGAGGAUAGCAACGUAGGUCCUAACGCCGUUAUGUUAAAUAACGCCGGGCAGCUGACGGAUAUCGGUUCAUGGUAUUUGGGUAUGAGCGGUACAAAUAUAGAUCCUCAGUCGGGAGCGGGAGCGGGAGGACCCCGAGCAAUUGUACCGGGUGCUAUGGUUCUCACGAUGGCGGUUAGCAUGUAUUUUGUGCUAUCAAGUUGGGUCCUCCUUUGAGCGUUUUCUUUUUCUUUUCUUUCUUUUUUUUUCCAGCGGUUAAACACGAGCACGCAAGAAUAUACUCUUGGGAUGGUUUAGGAGAUAUCGGUUGAUUCAGAGAUAAAUCAACCGAUAAAAAUGGAGAUGAACGAAGGAAUAUCAACGUAUUCUUAUCCAAAGAGAGAAUAUAUACUAUGUGUUUCCAAGUAAAUCGCUAGAUCCUUGUAAGCGCAUUCACAUCUUCACAUCUUGUUGAUCCCAUAUGGUCGGGUACCUAAGGUAGAUUAGUACAGAGGCGUACCUGUGGAAUAUCCAGUGCCUAAAAGCCAACUUGAUAUAG